AUGAGCGCCGCCGCUCCGCUUCCCCGAACUGCCGUCGUGACCGGCACCGCCAGGCCGACCGGCAUCGGCAGGGCCUGCGCCCGGGCCUUUCUCAGGGCGGGUUACCGCGUGCUGGGCGUUGACAAGCUGAAGCUGCAGGACACAGAUCCAGAUGAGGCUCUGGGCCCACACUAUGCUCACGUGGUGAUCGACGUGGCAGCGCCCGCGGAGGUCGGAUUUGUGCCCACCGCCUGCCGCCAGCAGUUUGGCUCCGCCGACGUGCACGCUCUCAUCAACAAGCGGCAGAGGCGGCGAUGCUCCACUGGCGGCGCCUUCCUCAUGUCCCAAGCCGUGCUGCCGCACAUGCCGGCUGGGGAUGCCGCCAUCAUCCACAUCUCUAGCACCCGGGCGCACCAGUCGGAGCCCCACUCUGAGGCGUAUGCAGCUGCCAAGGCAGGGAUGCUGGGGCUCACGCAUGCCCAGGCCGUAAGCCUGGCACACAGGGUGCGGGUCAAUGCCGUGCUGCCAGGCUGGAUUGACACUAGCGGGGAGCCGGCCAGCAUCACCCCCGCCGACCAUGCCUGGCAUCCGGCAGGCCGUGUGGGGUGGCCCGAGGAUGUGGCAGAGCUGUGCCUCUUCCUGGCAGACAGCAGCCGGGCGGGCUUCAUCACAGGCCAGGAGUUUGUGGUUGAUGGCGGCUUGUCGAAAAAGAUGGUGUAUCCAGAGGAGGAGCUGGAGCAGCAGCAGCAGCAGCAGCAGCAGCCCGAGACGGCAGCCAGGGGGCAGGCGCAGCAGGCAGCGGCAGAGGAUGAGGAGCAGCCGCCCAUGGUGUGGCCUGAGUAG